AUGGGAACAAAAGUGGGUCAUGAAUUUUCGUGGUUGAGUAGGUAUGCACCAGAAUUUUGUGUUAAAGGAGAAAAUAUCGAAAUCUUAGAAACUCCCACAGACUUCUACCAGAGAUUGAAAAGUGAAGCAAAAAAUGCUCAAAAAAGAGUUGUGCUUGCUGCUCUUUAUUUGGGAAAUGGUGGCUUGGAAGAAGAUCUUGUUGGUUCUGUGAUUGAUGCUGCAAAAAAGACUGAUAAUAAUGUAAAAGUUGACAUCUUACUUGACUAUGUUCGUGGAUCAAGGGGAGAAAAUAAUUCAAAAACAAUGCUAAAACCAUUAAUUGACCAAUACAAUGGAUCAGAUAAAUUGACAAUCUCACUAUAUCACACUCCAAAAUUAAGAGGUUUGUUGAAAAAAUAUUUACCAGCCCGAUGGAAUGAAGUAAUUGGAGUUGCCCAUUUGAAAGUGUUUAUUUUCGAUGACACAUUUAUAAUAAGUGGAGCUAACUUGAGCAAUGACUACUUUGUGAAUAGACAAGAUCGUUAUAUGGUGUUUCAUGAUUGCGGCCAACUUGCUGAUUACUUUCACCAGUUGGUAAACACAGUUGGCAUGUUUUCUUUCCAACUAGUCUCUGACACAAAUCAGAAAUUAAUUUAUAAUGGCGAUCAUCAUCCUUUUGAGGGAGAUGAAAAUGCAUUCAAAAAAGCGGCUCAAGAGAGUGUAAUGGCGUUGAUUAAAAGACAUCUUGCACAAAAUGCACUUACUAAUGUAAAGUUGUUUCAAGAAGGAAUAAUAUCGAAGACAAAAUUGGGGUUAAGCAACUUUUUUCAAUAUUCCACAUCAUUUCUUACGUCCAUCAGCAAUGCUGCAUUGUCGCUAUUGGGAUUUGGUAAGUCUAUUGUAGAGAAUUAUGAAUCUUCACAGAUUAGCACUCAUGAGAUGACCCAAAAUUUUAUCUCACAAACUACAAGGGACAAGCAGAAUACCAAUUGUAAAUUUGAUACAUGGGUUUAUCCCACAAUACAGAUGGGUCUUUUUGGUAUUCGUCAGGAUGAAGUUGUUACAGAAACUCUCAUGAAAACGUUUCCUAAAGGAAGUACAGUGUCUUUCACGACUGGUUAUUUCAAUGUGACUGAUAAAUAUUGUUACGAGGUAGUAAAUAACGCUGCUAAUUACAACAUUUUGCUGUCAUCUCCCGAGGCAAAUGGUUUCUUUGGUAGUAAAGGAUUUUCAGGAUAUAUACCAGCUGUGUACAUUCAUUUGUGCAAAAAAUUCUCAAAAAAGGUUGCUGCAUAUAAUAGAAAAGAAGAUAUUUCUCUAUGGGAAUAUAUACGUGAUGGGUGGACAUUUCAUGGGAAAGGUAUGUUCUGUUACCUACCUGGGGAAAAACUUCCAAGUAUGUCAUUAAUUGGUUCCCCUAAUUUUGGUUUACGAUCUGUUAGCAGAGACUUGGAAGCACAAGUAGUUGUUGUCACAAAAAAUCCCAAGCUUCAACAAAGACUCCAUGAUGAACAAAAUUAUUUAAUGAAGCAUACAAGAAAAAUUACAUCUGAAACUUUUCAACAGCCACGGUAUAAUGUACCUAGAUGGGUUGCUUUUGUUACAUUUUUCAUUAAACGAUACUUUUGA